GGCGCAUGCGCACUCGUUUAGCUUGGAUGUAAUACGGGAAAACUGCGCAUGCGCACUCGUCAGUGCCUCUGAGGUGAAAACGGAGCCGGCCGCUGCCAUGCUCGGAGAGGACACACAGGCCCUGGUGCGCCGCUUCUACGCCUUGCAGAGCGAGCGGGUGGAAGCUUACCGUCUUUUCGAAGAGGGCCACGGGGCCUACCUCCGGAGCGGUCCGGAUUAUGAUUUUCCCCGGUACCGGCAGCUGGUCCACGAGAUCACGGAGGCCUUCAGCGGGAUCUCCCAGGAGAUCCUGGGGAUCAAGGCCCAGCUGGAGGGAUCCCACGGGCGGGGGGACCUAGCCCGGCACCUGGCCCGCCUCCAAGAGCAGGAGAGGAACAAGCUGGAGCUGACGGCGCAGCUCCAACUGGCCAAGCAGAACGCUCAGGACCACCCCGAAGUGGAGACCCAUUCUCAAGAGGUCCGGGAAAUUAAACACAAGCUAAUGCAAACCAUGGAGUCAAUCAGCGAAACGCUCCAGGACUUCAAGUACGACUCGGAAGAGAGCGGCUGACGGACAGACAGACGGGUCAUUCCCGGGUUGGAGACGGGACGGGACGGGGCUCCUCACUGGUCUAGACUGGGCCCCAACUGGGAGGGGAACUGCGCGCCACCGGCUGUGUUUUCCCGUCAAUAAAAAUAGGAAAAGACA